AUGAAGAUGCACUGGUGCACUCCGCUCCUUGCCCUGGCAGCGCCAGUUCUCUCCGCCCCCGUCGCAGCCCCGCGCUCUACAGCAGGCUCUGAACGCGCCAUCUGGCUAUGGAACUCCGACAUCAUCCAGGAUGACUCUCAGGUCCAGACCUUCCUUUCCCUGAUGACCAACAGCGACCAUCCUUUCCAGACUGUCCUCGCGCUCAUCGACCGCGACAUGGGCAACGCACCCUGGCAGUCCUUCAUCAAGAAGUGCAAUGCCGCAGGCCUCAAAGUCGAAGCCUUGAUGGGUGACAAGCAGUGGAUCGUCGGCCAGACGAGCGAGGAUGGGCCCACUCUAGAGCAUGAGCUCGAAUGGAUCAAGAAGUACCAGGCAAGCGCCUCCUCUGACGCCAAGCUUGCCGGUAUCCACUUGGACGCCGAGUACGUCUCUUCGCUCGUCUCCAUCGUCAGCCAGGUCAAGGAAGUCGCUCAGCCCCUCAACCUCCCUCUUGGCGCCGACCUCCCAUUCUGGGCCAACACGGUUGAGUGCGAGGACUCCACUCUCGACACCUGCCUACUGAACAACUUGGACUAUGUUACUUUCAUGACCUAUCGCAACACCGCCAAGUCGCUCCUUGGCAUUGCCGACCCGGUACUCAAGGCUGUCAAGGCUGUCGAUUCUUCCAAGCCCGUCUGGCUGUCUGUCGAGACCAGCAGCGAAUGCUCUGAUGUCAGCUUGAUCAGCUAUGCCGGCAAGACGUUGAACAACAUGUUGAGUGAUUUGGUCACGGUUGCCACGAGUGCAGAGAAGAGCUCAGGAAACUUUGCGGGUGUUGCUGUGCACAGCUACAAGGACUUUUUGACCAUGAGUGGUUAA